GUUUUGUCGUACGCUUGCUGACUUGUGAUUUUAUUUUUGUGCAGAUAAUUCCUAGUUUUAUAAUAAUAACUAUUGAAUUUUGUUUCUAUUUAAUAAAACUUGAGAAAAACCAACCAUGGAACUUUCAGCAGAAGGUAAAACUCCCGAAUAUAUGGCCCUGGCUGGUAUAAAAUUUAAGCUCAGUCUUCCUGAACUAAAAGAUAAUGCUCAGCUGAAAGAACAGCUUCUUCAGGGAAUUAAAGAAGGGCAUAUGGCUCCUUAUUAUAAGGAAGUGUGCACGGACUUGGGCUGGCCAUUUGAUCAAAAGUUGUAUGAUGAAAUGGCCAACGAGAAUCAGGACAGGUUAUCAAAAUUCCAAGAAGACGAUUCAGAGACUCCUGUUUGGCAAGAUCGUUUGGACUACCUUUGUUCAAUUGGUGACAAAGAAGCAGCAACUGCAUUGGCGACAACAAAAUAUGAGGACUCCACACUUACCACCAACAGGCGUCUUGAUGCUAUAUUUGCUAUGUUCAGAAUUGCAUACUUCCAUGGUUGCAAUGUUAAAGAUAUGGGCAAGGCAAUUAACAAGGCACAUGAGCUUGUAGACAAAGGUGGUGACUGGCGCUCAAGGAACAAGCUGAAGGCGUACGAGGCGAUAUACUGUCUCUCUGUGAGGGACUACAGUCAUGCCGCAGACCUCUUCAUUGACUGUGUCUCCACUUUUGAGUCAUAUGAGCUGGUUGAUUUUGGCACAAUAAUCCAAUACUGCGUGCUAGCAUGUGCACUAGCAUUGGAGAGACACGCGCUCCAGGCGGCCCUGCGGCGACAGGGCGCGGCCGUCCAGGCGCUGCGCUCGCGCUUCCCCGAGCUUAGGGAGUUGGUGGAGUCUCUGCAUGAGUGCAGAUAUGCUGACUUCAUGAAGAGUCUUGCUUGGGUGGAGACCCAGAUCUGCGUGGACCCGGUGUUCCGGCCUCACUACCAACACUACGUGCGUGAAGCGCGCAUCAAGGCUUACGUGCAGCUGCUUCGUGCAUACCGCUCGCUGAGCUUAGACAACAUCGCACACACCUUCGGCGUCACGCGCGAGUUCGUGGAGGAGGAGAUCUCCAACUUCACAGCCGCCGGUCGUCUUCAAUGCCGCAUCGACGCCGUCGCCGGCUGCGUGGUGACCGGAGCGGGCCGCGGCGCCGACGCCGACCGCUCGCAGCUCUACCAAGCGACCAUCCGCGAGGGAGACUUGCUCCUCAACCGCGUCAAGAAACUGGCCAGUGUUAUCAACUUCUAAACGUUGGGUAUGCCUUCAGUAGUUAUUAUUGUAAUGUAAUUUUAGUAAAGCACUGUUCAGCCGCUAGAGUGCAGCACUAGCAUAAAGAGUUUUUCACAAGUGUCGUUAUGAGCGUGAUUGAAAUUGCAAAUAGAAUUAUUUGAGCCUAUAAAUCAUAAUUUGAUACGUUUUCGCAGAUUAUUUUGUUGCGAAUGUACGCAAUAUGGCGGCUUGUUUACUGUUUGUGCUAGUGGUGCCCUCUGCGACGAGUUUUGCGUAAUAUUUCCCAUUCAACCGUCUGCUACUUAAAAGCGCCAAGAAGUCCAACAAAGUAAUCUCUUUUGAAACUAGAGGGCCAAGGUCCAAUAUAGGGUAUCAUCGUCCAUAAAACAUCUCUACAGAAAGUUGGAUAAAGGGUGCUAAGGACCUCGAUACAUGAUACAUUUAUUUACCACUAGAUGGCGUUAAACCGCAGUAACGCAAGACUGCUAUAAUUUGAUCACUAGAAUCCAAAGGAUUUCAUGAAUAUUUAAAUGCAAUAUUGUGUAAUGCUGCCUGGUAUAUUUAGAAUUCAAGUAAUUUUAAAUGCAUCAUUCUACGCAAGUAAUAAUAAUAUUAAAUAAAUACUAUUCAUUUCUUGGACUUCUGUGUUAGAAAUCACAAUCAAUAGACAAUUUUUGUUCAAAUAUUACUAGAAAAUUAAAAUUUUAUUUACUAAUUGAAUGGCUAU